CGGCUGGUACUUAAAGCCUGGCGUCUCGUCUCUGUUACAGGAGCACUGUGAAUAUAUACACCGAACUAACAAAUGAAAGACGACUAGGAGGGAUCCCGCGGCUAGCACUCCAUUAAUUGCAGUGAAGGGAAGGAUAUUUUGUCCGAGAGGUCCCCACAUUUCAAGAGAAGACAAAAGCCUUAUUUGGAAAUCUUAUGGACGAAGAAAUGAGUCGCCAGACUGCCACCGCGCUGCCCACAGGAACCUCCAAGUGCCCCCCCUCCCAGCGCGUGCCCACCCUGUCAGGCACCACCGCCUCCAACAGUGACCUGGCCAGUCUGUUCGAGUGCCCUGUCUGCUUCGACUAUGUCCUACCCCCCAUCCUGCAGUGCCAGUCUGGACACCUGGUGUGCUCCAACUGCCGGCCCAAGCUCACCUGCUGCCCCACCUGUCGAGGCCCCCUGGGCUCCAUCAGGAACCUCGCCAUGGAAAAGGUGGCCAACUCUGUCCUCUUCCCCUGCAAAUACGCCUCAUCGGGCUGCGAAGUCACCCUGCCCCACACCGACAAGACGGAGCACGAAGAGCUGUGCGAGUUUCGGCCGUACUCGUGCCCCUGCCCCGGCGCCUCCUGCAAGUGGCAGGGCUCUCUGGACGCCGUCAUGCCUCACCUGAUGCACCAGCACAAGUCCAUCACCACACUGCAGGGGGAGGACAUUGUGUUCCUGGCCACGGACAUCAACCUGCCGGGCGCGGUGGACUGGGUAAUGAUGCAGUCGUGCUUUGGCUUCCACUUCAUGCUCGUGCUGGAGAAGCAGGAGAAGUACGACGGCCACCAGCAGUUCUUUGCCAUCGUGCAGCUCAUUGGGACCCGCAAGCAGGCCGAGAACUUUGCGUACCGGCUGGAGCUCAAUGGGCACCGGCGCCGCCUGACCUGGGAGGCCACGCCGCGCUCCAUCCACGAGGGCAUCGCCACCGCCAUCAUGAACAGCGACUGCCUGGUGUUCGACACGUCCAUCGCACAGCUGUUUGCGGAGAACGGCAACUUGGGCAUCAACGUGACCAUCUCCAUGUGCUAAGAGCUUUCAAGAGAAGAUGGUCAAAAUGUUACAGAUUGUCAGGGGGCAUUCCUUUUUUCUUUUUUUUCUUUUUUACAUGGGGGUGGGGGGGGGGUCAAAUCCGUUGUGACCUCACAGCGCCCCACCCCACCCCCCUCCCUCCUCUCUGCCUCACCCCUUGAGACGUGGAACUGGACUGUCUGAUCGGGCAGCCGUGGAUACCCAGGGGGUGGGAUGGCUGGAUGAGUGGAGGAAUGAAUUAAAACAUGGACAGAACUGUGUAGCGAUGGCUAAGGACUUCUAAUCACACACACACACACACACACACACACACACACACACACACACACACACACACACACACACACGCACUCGCACUCGCACACACACACAAACGUAUAUAUGUGAGACUUGUGCACGCACUUGCGGUCAUGCCCUGUCUGGGUCAUGAACAACACGGACACAAACUGAAAGGCUGUUCAGGCAAACACGUCCCAAGUGAUUUUCCCACCACUUUAUUUUAGUGUUUCUCUUUCUUCUCUUCCCUCAGUCCUCCCCAGACAUUUCAGACACUGCGGCUCUGCCCUGACUGCGACACACUGGGGAAACCUCAAGCUAUAUUUUAACACGGACUCCCGGUCAGUGCUAGCCAGCUAUCUAGUGCCCCUCUUCCCCCAAUUCCCUACUGUUUAUAAUCCACCUCAGAACCCCUCAGACCUCCUGCUCCUGGGUUGACCGGCUGACGACAUGGCCGUGGCAACGGUUUCACCAGGGUGGGUGUCUUCACGUUUGUGCGAGCUCGGACUGGAACCCAGAGCUCCAUAGCGUCACCUGUGACCGAUGUGGAUAUCGGUGGCUGGGGACCAAAACCACCAACCGCAGACGUGGACAGCUGUGGCUCCCUAAACCGUAGACGCCCAGUCGUGUUCAGGCUGGCGGUCGGCAGACUGAACAUUCGUACAGGCUCAUCCGGUUUCCCUCCGGUCCACAACGGUCCACCCAAGGCUAAAGAUUGAGCUUCGGACGCUCUUUAAAUAGUUGACUGUCGUCGUUGAUAGUUCUUAGAACAGAUUCUGCGCUCGUACUGUAUGGAUUUAGGAAAGCUCUCAGCUACAGCAUCCCUAGAUUUUCUUUUUUUAUUAUUAUUUUCUUGGAGUCCCACACACAGCACACACCAUUCAUUACAGACAGUGUGUGCAAGUGUAAUAGUGGAUUCAGUGUCAGAGCAUUUUUCACUCCGUAUUAGUAGGGGGGGGGGGGGACUUUUUUUUUUCUUCUCUCUCUCUCCUUUCAGGACAAGGAAAAACAAACACUGCGUUUCAGUUGAGUCAGUUUUCUUUCGGGUUUAUUUUAUUUUUUUAAGUCUUUCAUUUUAAUUAUUUUAUUUUGUCUUUUGUAUGAGAGGAGAGAACUCCGUGUGUGCAUGUGUCCGAGAUGGACUCUUUCUCCUCUCUCCGCUCUUCUUUCAUUUGUUCUGUCUGCCAGUGUCAGCCUCAACCAGGAAAGAGGGACAGUUUCUACUGUUGCUAUUGUUAUUAUUAAAUGGAGAUUAUCAUAAUUAUCUUAUUUUGUAAUGACUUUUAAAAAGAGAAAUCAAAAGGCAGUUGUAAAACUUGUGGCUAAACUUCAGUGUUUGUAGUUAAAAAGCAAGUUGUGUUGUCCUUCUGAAGGUUUGUCUCCCCCCCCCCCCCCCCCCCCCAGUUGGAUUGUUUUUCCUCAUCUAUUUGUCUCUCUGUCCUCUUGUUUGUGUUGUAAGUCCUUUAUUUUUUUAUUGUCUGAGGAGGGAGGGAGGUCAAGCCAAUCUUCUCUCCCUUUCUCUUCAUGUGGAGUCUCAGAAAUGUUGCUGCUCUCCCUCAACUCCUUUACUUUUUUUCUGUUUUAAUUUGUCAUUAAAUAAAUCUAUCUUUUUCAUA